AUACCAGCUGAUGGGAAAAGCCUCUUGGAAAUACAAGGCCUAGAUCCUAAUGAAAAGUACAUAUUUGCAGUUGCAGCAUAUUCUUCUGAUGGAAAACUUAUUGGUGAUGCUAUUGGGGAAACGACUAAACCAAUCCUUGCUUAUCCACCUCUUUCUGCUGCUACUGUUCGAGCCUAUCUAACUCAGGUAGCCUACCAGACCGGCAAUUAUACAUUAGCUAGAGAAGCAUUUACACCAAUGUGGGAUUAUUUUGUUUCAAAUUCUUCUCCACUGCCUGCCAACACAGCUGUUAUUUCUGCAAGCAGUAAUUUGACUAUAUCUGAAAACAGAUUAUGUUUUGAGGCUUUAUCUCAAACUUCUCCUAUUGCCUUGCAACUCUUUCUGAGGAAUAUAUUUGCUAUUAGUGACAUAAAUAUUAUGGAAGGAGCACUAUUCUGUGAUUCCAUCUGUACCAAUGAGAUACUUUAUGAGAAACAAGUUGAUAGAUUAGCAGAAUGUAAAAGAAUGAUUGUGGCAAUUGAACUUAGUAAUUGGUUAAACGAUGCAAACUAUGCCCUGCAGGCUGUUGUACAAUGUUAUGGUCUCCUUGCUCCAAUUAUUUAUCACAAGAUUUCUUCAGUGGCGGUAGUUCAGAUCCUCAUUAAGUGCUUGGCAGUCCUUCAAGAAAUUCCAAGUGCUACUUUGCAAAGAAAACAUGCAGGAUGUUAUGAGAGUAUUCAGCAUAUGAUAGCUUGUACUUCAUUUUAUACAGCAAAGGUGCUACGUUCAUGGAAAGAAUAUGAACUGGCUGUAAUUGUUGUUAACUAUGGCAAAAAAUUGCUGAGUUCCCUGUCAACAUCAUUCUACCAGUCAGGAGCUACAAAAACUGAAGAAACAUCCGCUAAGGCAGAAGUUGAAAACAGUUCUGCAAAGAUAUCCCAGGUAGCUGCAAUGGAAAAAGCAGCAGAAAAUCUAAAUGCUCUUGAAUCGAAUCUACUCAAACUGACAAGACCAGUACCUGCGUCAGAGCUUACAGGACAGGAAGAUCCUUUGUUCCUCUACCCUAUCAUUUCAUGCUGGGCAACAAAGAAUGCUUAUCGAGAAGUGAUGAAAUUCAGAAAGAAAUCACGUUUUCUUGAGUACUUUGUUCAAGUUUUGCACAAACUCCUGAACGAAGAGAAGUUUCAAAAAUCUUUGGACUGGGCAGAAAACGCGCAACAUUACUUAGCAACGAGGAAUGAACACUUUCUCUCUGUUGAAGGAACUUUAAAACGAGAAACAAGUUUUUUAUCUGUUCAUGAAAGCGCAAGGAGGCCCACUUCAGCAUUUCUGGACUUCCACAGAAGCCUGGAAAUCUCAGCUUCUAAGAAACUAGAGACAUCGUCUUUGAAGAUGCCAAGAAAAGACGUUUGUAGCCCUGUUAAAAAAGCACAGACUCUUAGACAGUAUUUGAUGAGAUAUCCAAACAUAAUGAAAUAUCCAGAAGCACGAAGUUACAAUAUUCUGGAUCCUGAAAUAUUCUCAUUAAGUUAUUCUGGCAUCAUAGUGAUACAGCUAAAUCUUCUGAGCACAGCUCGAAAUCAAGUUCUUGCUCAUCGUGGUGGCCACUGGACAUUGCUUCAAAAUGCUUGCCGAGAACUUUGGAACUACGCUCAAGAAGCACAAUCAAUGGCUAAACAUUCACAUUCCCAUCCAGGUGCAUUUUCCUUUACCAGAGAUUUUGUUAGGGACACCAUCUGGCUGCCAUUUUAUCUGGCCUCAGACAUGAUCAUUGAUAUGAUAACUGAGCUACAAUCAAGUAAUUCUCUUAAGGUUAUAGAUCCUGAAGGAGAUUUCUGCAUUCCUAGUUGCUUAGGAGGUAUUGCUGAUGAGAAUGGUGGUUCUAGUCUCCACCCACAGUCUGCUCUGGAUGAUGUGAAUUUGAUUGAUUUGAGGUGGAUAUGUAAUCUGAUCCUUAAAACAAUUGAACUGCUAUAUCAAAUGAAGAAGUGGGAAGCACUGGUACACAUAGCUGUGCAAUUUAACAUAUUUACACAUGAGAGAUACACAGAACAAGUGAGUCCACUGUUGGUGUAUGCUCAGAGGCAGCUGCUAGGAAGGAUACAACAAUUCAGUGGCCUUCAUAACCCUAAAUCACCUUUCAUAAAAUAUCUGACUGAUAACAUAGAUAAGAUGAGCUGCAGAAACUACAUAGGGAAUCAGCUGCCUCUUGUCCAUUCACCUUGUGAAAAGAUCUUUCCUGGAUGUUUUUCCUCUCCUACGACAAAGAAUUAUUAUAUAAGUCAUAGCACAUCUCAAUAUAAUCACACUCAAGCAAAAUGCCUAGUUUAUGUACCCCUUGAUGUGAAUGACACACUGAAAUGUUUUAGAGAAACACUAGAAAAAUCUAAAUAUCACAGCAGAGCACUCAGACACAGCAGAAAACUACUUUCAUUAUUUCUUGCACACACACAAGAAAACGUUGGAAGAACCAUCAGUCAGAUCUCUUCAAAAAGAAGGCUGAAAUUUAGUGUAGGAGCUGAGCUGACAUUUCUGCCAACACCAUGUGACCUUUCUGAAGAAAAUUUUGAUUUCUCCAGUAUGAUUGAGAGAAAACCAAUACCACAGUCCCAACUUUCAGUCAUUAUUUCUUCCUAUGAAAAAACAAUUGGAAUCCUUGAAAUAAACAACCAGAGAGACCUCAAGGUUCAGGCUCUACAUGAACUUGGAAAUCUUCACUUCUAUGCUGGAAACAAAAGAGCUGCUUUUAAAUAUUGGUGUCAAGCCCUUGAUGGAACACUCAACAUUACUGAUGCUCUUAACAACUGGCAGGAAUUAGGUAUUUCAAAAAAUGCUACAGACUGCCUUGCAGAUGGAAGAUCUACUGAUAUAAGUCAGAAAUUUCUUUCUCAGGCUGGAAUUUGGGGAUGUUUACAUGCAGCAGUUUUAGCAGCUAAGAUAGCCCAGUAUAUCAUAACAUCAAAGAUGAGAUUAAGAGCUAAGUGCUGCUAUUUUUCUGCUCUACUCUUUAAGGCCCUGUUUAGAGCUUCUCUUCCACAUCCCACGUCUGACUGUGACUAUGCACAAUAUGAAAUAAAUAUGCUUAUUCCUGGUAUCGACUUAUUCUCUGAUCGCUACAGAGCUGAUAUCUCCACUGUAAUUGCAAGUCUGAAUUUCCUUAUGUUUGAAUUACAUUGUGCAAAACAAAACUUGACAAUCUUACCACUGUUCACGUUGUAUGAAUACUUUGUUUCUGAGAUUUGUCGGGACCCAGCUAAAUGUAUUGAAGGAAGAAUCUUGAAGAUUAAAGUACUUACAGAUAUAGGAUUUUUUACAGAGGCCUUUAAUGAACUGUCUUUGCUUAAUUGUGGUGAAAAAAUUCCAUGGAAAUUACCUGCAGGCUACAGGCCAACGGAGCAACAGAAGGUCUCUCAGAGAUUUGACACCUCAAAAUCUCUCCUGGUUGUUACAAAUUUACAGGUAUUGGAAGACAUAUUUAACUGGAGUCUGUCUUUAGCAGUUGUUCCACUGUGCAACCAACAAAUUAUGAAUAAAUUAACCUUAGCCAAAAUGCAUUUCGUUAUUGCUCUUUCUGCCACAAUAAAUGAUAUACCUGAGAAAGUGGAAAAAUGCAUCUAUUCUAUUGAUAACAGAAGUUUGAGGAGGCCAAGAAGAAUUAUGAUGUCAACUACCAAAGUCAAUGCUAGCAAGAAUUCAAGAAAACGAGAACCAAGAGGCACAAUGAUGCAGCUAGUUGACUGUAAAGGUGAAUUAAACAUGGCCAUGCUAAAGGGGAUCUUACUGACAGAAGCUGAAGACAAUCUUAAGUGUCUUGUGCAGAGCAUACAGGACAAACACGAUGGGAAGAUUUCUUGUUGUUCUGCUGAGGAAUUAGAGGUUGUUAUUGAGGCCAAGCUUCAACUUGCAGCUAUUUCUCAGCAAAGCCAUCAAGCAGCUUUCAGUGUUGCUUUGGCUUUCUCUGCAAUUCGACUUCUCCAAGAUGCAAGCUUUUUUAGGAUGAAAGCGACCCAUUUUCAAGAAAAAAUACAGGGAAAGGAGUGUUUGGAUUCUUGCACUGAAGAUACUCAACUGCCUCACAAUGUAAUAGCACAAGAUCACCUGAACACACGUCUCUGGCUAAAGUGUCGCACAAUGUUAGUGUCUGCACUAGUAACACAUAUACAUGGAGCUGGUGAUAUGGAAGAAAAUGAUAUGGUGGAACACAAAACUCUGAUAAGAGAAGUGAUACUAGAGGCAGAAACCUUUGAUGAUAUCGAGACUCGGGCUGAUAUGAUGGUGCAAGCUGCUAUUCUUGACCUGCAAGAAAGACAUCCCAUGGCAGAAAUUAAACAACUUCUGCAGAUAUUUCUAUAUGGAGAACCAAUCAAACAGCACAGAGAAGACACUACACUUACGUGUCCAGUCCUACCUUCAAAAAAUAUCUACUUGCCACAUAUCAACUUGCUAGCCCAAGUCAAAAUGAGAAUUGGAUGCACAUUAGCUGAAAAAAUAGCUUGUACAUCUGAAAGAGGAGAUCCACUGCAAUGGCUACAUGCUCUCAAACAUUUGAAAACAGCAUUGGAGCUUUGCAGGGCAUCUGCAACAAAAAAAAGGGAUAUGGAAGCUGAACUUCUUUUUCAGAUAGGUAAGGUUGAGCGCCAGAUAACUGAAGCAGGUAAUAACAAGUCACGGCUAGCUGUUGAGAACCUCUCAGAUGCUAUAAAAACAAGCCAGCAACACGAUCAAAACUUUGACAACAAUGAGAGUGCUCAUCGUUCCUCCUCCAUCAUGAUGUGGGCAUCCCAUGUCCUGCCCUGGGAAGCACGAGAGUUCAACAAUACAGCUGCUGUGCAUCAGCUUCAGUUGCUGGUUGGCUGA